AUGAUUUCACCCACCCUAGCCUCUCUCCUCAGCGGCCGCUCCUCGCCCCCAUACUCCCCGGCGAUCCCAGACUUGGCCGAGUUCACCAACCCCGACGUGCCUCCGUGCCCGCUCGGGUGGGAAUGGUGCAACGACAUGCACGUCUGGCUCCCCGCGGACCUCUCCCCCUUCCUCGACAGCACCCGGGUCUACCGCGACGCCGCCGUCUACCCCUCCAUGCGCGCCACCCCGCGCCCAUCGAGGAAGAUCGCGCGCGUGUUCAGCCCCGAGUUCUGGCGCAAGGCAGAGAAGCGCCAGCAGAGCAUGCCCUGGGACGAGGAGCAGCGCGGUCCCAUCAGGGUAGAGCGCGCCGACGGAUGGGUGCACGUCCACGGCGUCACCUUCUCUCAGCUCGACCUCAUCACCGUCCCCCAGGCCCAGGCCAUGGGUCGGGCGGUGUUUCCCCCAAAGUACAACGGAUCCACCGGACACCCUCAACAUGCGCGCGCGUUGGUCACCAAGACUCCCAGGAGCGCAGGUAAGGCCCCGCGUGCGAGUACCCCGUCGAGCGAGGGAGUCAUGACCCCGACGACCUCGACGGUGCACCCGUACGCGCCGGGCCAUCUCUACUUCCUCCGUCCCCCUCGCCUCGGACGUGCUGCUGAAAACCCACUCUUCCCGAGUUCCGUAGGUCGAGCGGCGCGACGAGGACGUGAGGACAAGCCCGCGGUGAAGACCUGGCUGAACCGCCGUUCGUCGAGGGAGGGCCUGAUCACCCCCGGGAACUCGGCGGCGGCGGCGGUAACUAUCCAUCCUCCGUCUUCUCCCUCUCCCUCUCUUUCUCUUUCUCGUUCCUGCUCUUAUCGAAGUCGACGCGGGCUGACGAGACUUGCCCCCAGGCUCUCGUCCCCGGUGCCCGACGAAGAGCUCAACGCUACGGAGGCGCGCGGGGGAAAAGACGCAAGUGGGAAGGGACAGGCCGAGCGCGGGCCUGCUCACCCCGCGCCCGACCUCACCGACGGUGACGCAGCCCUCGUCCUCUCUCAUCGCCGCCCACAGACGCUAACGAGGCCAGCCCACAGGUUCCUCGGCUGGCACCGUGCGACGUACACUGGAGAAGCAGGGGGGACGAGCGAGGGCCUGAUCACCCCAAUGACCUCCGAGCCCCCGACUGACUCGCCUCUCUUUCCGAACGCAGCGCCGCAAGACCGACCCGCCGCCUGGGCGCCCGACGACCCGGCGAGAGGGAGUAGGGGGGCGCGCGGGCGGUGGGUCGGAAGGAGGGAGUUCUGGAUUGCGAAUCUGGGGCUCCCUCCUUCCUAA